AUGUAUAUGACAUACUCAGGUCAAAUGAAUAAUAUGUCAACAUUGAUUAUCUUCUUCUCGUUGAUCGUUCUUAUCCAAGCAAAAACAUUACCAAGUGAUUUUAUGUUAUUGGGUUUAACGCCGAUUACUCAAUUAAUCAAUGGUCUGCCAUGUCAAGCAUAUCGUCCGUUUCUUGGAGAGAAUACUGAUUAUCUAUGUUCAAAAGUUCCUCAUUUACAUCAGAUUCUUUACCAAUCGAAUCUUGAAAGUCGCGAACAAUGUCGAUACCAUUUUCGUGAUCAUCCAUGGGGCUGCCAAUUGAGUGCAAAACUUGUCCCGUUAAGAAGAUUUCUACGGCAAGGUAAGCGUUAUCUUUCCAAUUUUCUUCUCAUUAAUAAUCUUUCGUUGAAAAUAGCAUCAAAAGAAGCGUCAUUUUACACGACAUUAACCAGUGCAACACUAACAUUAAAUUUAAUUAAUGCCUGUAUUAGAGGUCAAAUUAAUGAUACCGAUUGUUUAUGUUCAAAAGCUGGACAAUUAUGUCAAAUAGAUCCAAAGAUUGCUUUUCAGCUCUCCAGUUUAAUCACUGACGGAAUGAACAUGACGAAAACUUUCCAGCAGAAGUUUCUGUUUCAAUUGAAUCAAGCUAAUAAAGAACUCGGCCGAAAGAUCGUACAAUCACUGAUGAAAAAAGAAUGUCGUUGCCAUGGUGUCAGUGGCUCGUGCGAAUUGCAAAUCUGUCGAUUACAUCCAGCGAAAUUAGAUGAUAUGAGUCGUGAAAUCUAUUUGAAUGUAUAUCAAAACGCCCGCUACAUGGAGUCGAGUGAAUUUCUGACAUUGAAAGAAAGAACUCAACUAAUUUAUGCACGGAAAUCAAUAAACUAUUGUCGUUCAAAUUCAUUUAUUGAUUAUCAAGGUAUAAAACAAGGACGAGAAUGUUUUAGUAAUGACGGAUGUGAACAAGUGUGCUGUCACCGCGGCUAUGAAGUCAUUACUGAAAUGAAGUCGAUUACAAAUUGCCAUUGCUACUUUUCGUGGAACAUCGUCAAUGUUCAAUGUCAACCAUGUGAGAAAAAGAUAACGAAAAUGAUCUGUACUUAA